GCUAACGCAGGCCCUGUGUCGUCCUCCUACCACAGAAAACACGUACGAAGUGAGCGUGUUCACAGGGGACAUGCUCGGAGCGGGAACCGACGCCAAGGUCUACAUCAAUAUUUACGGCGAGAACGGAGACACCGGAGAGCGCUAUCUGAAAAAGUCGAACAACCUCAACAAGUUUGAGAGAGCGAAGGAGGACAUGUUCACCGUGACAGCUGUGGACCUGGGGACUCUGAAAAAGCUCCGCAUUCGCCAUGACAACAAAAGCUCCUAUUCUUCAUGGUACCUGGACCGUGUAGAGAUCGUGGACACCAAGGAGGACAUAACGUACUACUUCCCCUGUAACCGCUGGCUGGCCGUGGACGAGGACGACGGGCAGAUUGCCAGGGAGCUGGUGCCCGUGGACGAGGCCUUCAUGAAGAGGAACGACGACGACGACGAGGACUCAGGCACCGCCCUGGGGCUAGAGCAGAAAUCAAUGUCCACAACAUACACUAUUAAGGUGAAAACUGGGGAUAAGAAAUAUGCAGGAACCGAUGCCAAUGUCUUCGCAAUCCUAUUUGGAGAAAAUGACGACACAGGGAUAAUCAAUCUUAAAGCGUGUAAACAUUAUAAGAAUAAAUUUGAGCAAGGGAUGAUCAACGAGUUCACCGUGGAAGCAGUGGACCUUGGAGAUCUGGAGAAGCUCCGCAUUGGCCAUGACAAUUCUGGUGGUUCAACCGGUUGGUUUUUGGACUGGGUGGAGAUAGACGCCCCCUCACAGGGUCAAAGACUCAGAUUCCCAUGUGGCCGUUGGCUGGAUAAAGGAGAGGAUGAUGGGGCCAUCGUGAGGGAUCUGUUGCCUGCUGAAUUACAAACAGAACUGUACACGCCAUUUGUGCCUUAUGAGAUAAAGAUUUUCACCAGCGACGUGUUUUGCGCGGGGACGGACGCCGACGUGUUCAUUGUCCUGUACGGUGGCAAGGGCGUCUGCACACAGCAGAAACACCUCUGUGUCAACAAGAGGGAGAGACGGCUGUACUUUGAGAGAGCAGCAGAAGACAUGUUCAUUGUGGAGCUGGAGGAUAUUGGAGAUGUAAUAGAGAAGAUCAGGAUCGGUCAUGAUAACCAGGGCACCAACCCAGGAUGGCACCUUGACAGAGCGGAAAUCAGGCGGCAGCUCAGGAAAGGAAAGGGGUCUGAAACAACCAUCUUCCCGUGUGAAUGCUGGCUAGCCAAGUCUGAGGAGGACGGCGAGACAAUCAGGGAGCUGGUCCCAUCUGACAUCAUCACGGAGAAACUCCUGAGGGACGGAACGCUGAAAAGCACAGAGAUCGAGGUGGAAGACGCCCUGGAGACUCACGAAUACAAGGUUUCCGUGCGUACUGGGGAUAUGUACGGCGCAGGAACUGAUGCCAACGUCUUCCUCACCAUCUACGGAGACCUGGGAGACACUGGAGAACGCAAACUCAGCAAGUCAGAAGGCAACAGCAACAAAUUUGAACGAGGAGAAGUAGACAGGUUCACCAUCGAGGCGGUCGACCUGGGCCAGGUGUUUAAGAUCCGCAUUCGCCAUGACAACUCCAACAUUGGGGCGGACUGGAACCUGGACCAGGUGGAGGUGACGGACACGGAGACGGAGGAGGUGUACAUGUUCCUGUGUGAGCGCUGGCUGUCCAUGAAGAAGGAGGACAAACGCAUCGACCGCACCUUCUUUGUCAAGGGAUACGAGGGGGACAGAAACACUGACCCAAACUCCCAGAAGACGGCCGCGGCAAAACCGGGGCUGGACAGAAAUGCCAACAAGAAGAAAAAGAAGAAGAAGCAGGCGGUCGUGGAGGAGGGACCAAUCAUUCCAUAUCACUUCACCCUGUCCACGGGGGCGGACCGUGAUGCCGGCACCACGGCCCGAGCCUACGUCAUCAUGCUGGGACCGGGCGAGGUGGAGACGGACCGGCUGUGGCUGGACCUGCCCAAGGAGAAGACAUGCUUUGCGCCUGGCACCAUGGAGAACUUUGUAUGCUAUGGGGCUGACGUCGGCGACCUGAAGAGGGUUGAGCUGGGGCACAACGGGGCCACUCCAGAGAGCUGCUGGCUGGUGGACGAGUUGGCGGUAGCCGUGCCAACCAAAGGUAUCAAGUACAUCUUCCCAUGUAAGUGCUGGCUGGCUAAAGACAGGGGGGACGGUCUCACCACCAGGCUGUUCAACGUGCUGGACUCCAGCACCAUCAACAUCAUUCGCAAGGUGGUUUAUGUAACAACGCUGGUCACAGGGGACACCCAGUAUGCGGGUACUGAUACCAACAUCUUCCUCACUGUGUUCGGAGCCAACGGGAGCACAGAGGAGAUGCUGCUGCCUAAAGCCGGGGAUAGGUUCGAAAGAGGCCAAGAAGACACGUUCAACGUUGAGAUCGACGACAUUGCACCCUUGAAGAAGAUCCGGCUUCGAGUGGACGGCACUGGAAGUCGUCCGGACUGGUUUCUCGACAAUGUCCAGAUGCGGAACCCCAUCACGGAGGACCUGUACACGUUCACCUACGAGAACUGGCUGUCCAAGACCAAUGGGCCCAAGAGAACCCAGGUGUGCGAGCUGGCCGCCGUGGUGGACGAGGAGGAGAUGGUGGAGAGAACGACCUACACCAUCACAGUGGCGACCAGCGACGUCGGAGGUGCCGGCACGGAUGCCAACGUGUUCCUGAUCGUCUUCGGCGAGUAUGGAGACACAGGCCUGCUGGCCCUGAAGGAGAGCGGAGCCAGGAACAAGUUUGAACGCAAAAUGAAAGACGUGUUCCGCUUCGCUGACAUGCUCAGUCUCGGGGAGCUGUCCAAGAUUCGCGUUUGGCAUGACAACAAAGGUCCCGGUUCCGGCUGGCAUCUAGAAUACGUUGACGUGAAGGACGAUACCAUGGAGGAGGCCUUCCGCUUCCCCUGCGACCGCUGGCUGGCCAAAGGCAGGGACGACGGGCAGAUCAUGAGGGAGCUGGCCUGUGCCAACAACGACACGGUGGACCUCAACGAGAAAACCAAAUAUGAAAUUGCUACGACAACUGCAAACACGGAUCACGCCGACACCACGGAGAAUGCCUUUAUUGUGUUGGAAGGGAAAAAAGCGCGUUCCAAAGAGUUUGUCAUGGAGAACAAAAAGAAGAAGUUCUUGUGCGGUGCCACCGACACGUUUGAGUUUUCCUCCAAGCACUUGGGGGAGAUCGCUGGCAUUUCGAUCGGCCAUAUCACCAAGGAGGGCAAGAAGGUGAAGGGCGAAGCCUUCUGGCACGUCAUGGAGGUGGUGGUGACCGAGAAGGAGCUGGGCAACAAGUACUUCUUCCACUGCGAUGCCCGGAUUCCCCUAGCAGCUAAGAAGGACCAGUUCCAGACGUUUGAGUCCUACAAGUCCAUAGAGAGCUUUGCCAGCAAGGUGCGCAACCUGGUGCCCGUCAGGUACGAGAUCAUCGUCAUGACCGGAGACGUGAAGGAGGCCGGCACCGACGCCAACGUCUUCAUCACCAUAUACGGCGUCAACGGCGACUCGGGCCAGCGGCAGCUCCGGCAGAAGUUCAGGAACCUCUUUGAGCGCGGCCACACGGACCGCUUUGUCCUGGAGAUGCUAGACAUGGGCGAGCUGCUCCGGGUCACCGUGGAGCAUGACAACUCUGGGUCCGCGGCCGGAUGGUUCCUGGAGUGUGUCGAGGUGACCAACACCGCCAACUCAGUGACCACCAUCUUCCAGUGUGGGAAGUGGCUGGACGUGACGAAGGCGGACGGGCAGAUCCAGAGAGUGCUCUAUCCCAAGUACUAGAGGGUUCCCUGCCCUUUGUCGAGAGUAUGUUAGUAUGUCGUAUGUAUGGCAUUUAGCAACGUGCCGUUAAAUCUACGAACCGCCGAUGACACAAAGACGGCCGCCUGCCUUGCCAUGUUGGUAGUGCUGGUUUUGGUCGACUGGACUGGAAAACACCUUUCUCUCCAAUUCACACACGGCUGCUGUUUCUGUGGCAAACAUCUCAAUGGUUAACCGCUCAGACGUUACGAGACAUAAGUUUGAGUCUAGUGACCAAAAUGGUCGAGGGAGACCACAUUGCCACGUGAUCAGAUGCACAAUCGUAGGUUCAAAUACACUGUUUACCUGCUUCUUUUCACCAAACGCCACAGUACACAUGUACCUAUGAAAAUAAGUAAUGAGUAAAUGUUGGAUUUUAUACUGUUGUUUCAACAAUGGUUGUUUUUAAUAAUAAAAUAAGAUGAUGA